UUGCGCCGUACACCACGCACUUCCUGUUCAACGCGCGCCGCCUUCCACCGCCCAGCGCUCCCAGAGCCUGAGUCCCUGCCAGGACCUGAGCUCCUUUGCCAUGCCACUCCUGAAUGGAGAUGUGGAGAGUUCGGGAAAGCACUCUUCUUGGAAGGUGGACAGUCCCUUUAGCUCAGGCAGCCCUUCCAGAAGACUCUUCUCCAGAGGUCCCCAGCCUCGGCCCUCCAGCCCUGUGUCUGCUCCUGUGAGACCCAAGACAAGCCCUGGCUCUCCCAAAACUGUGUUCCCAUUCUCCUACCAGGAGUCCCCUCCACGCUCGCCACGCCGUAUGAGCUUCAGUGGGAUCUUCCGCUCCUCAUCCAAAGAGUCUUCACCCAACUCCAACCCCUCUACUCUCCCUGGGGCAUCAGGUUCUUCUCACGCUCCAGAAAAAAUAAGACAUUGGUGCUGUGGUUUCAGGAGACCUCCUCAGAGUCCCAGCACCCUCUCCUGGAAUGGCAGACAGAAUGGGGCACCAUCAAACUUCAAGUUGCAGGCUGAGGGGCACAAAACCCACCCUCAAGCAGCCACUCCCGAAAUAUCUAGCUUCUAAGGCAUGGGGCAAGAUGCUGGCUUGGAAGCACAGUGGCUGGUGCCUCAGGUCCUCAUUCAUGUCUGAGAAGCCUUGCUAUGAGUGAGGGUCACAGUCCGUGUCCUGUGUCCACACUGCAGACGUGCUCCUUGACUGCUUCACCUUCCAGAAACCAAAUGUGGCUGCCCCAUCAGCUGAACCUGAGCUGAGCCCUGAGCCCUGAGCCCCAAGGCAGUGUGUGAGCUUGGUAAGCCGGGCCAUCAAUCUGUCCCAAGUCAGCAAGCAGGCAGCUGUCAACAGCAUGGGGCUGGGGCUGCAUGAACUCUAUAGGAUGUGUCAAAAGCUGGGGACCAGAGCUCCCCAGCACUGGAGGAACUUAUUGGAUGGGAUCACAGACACAUUUUCUAGCUCCAUUACCAGGGGUUCAUGCUGCCUCUUCCGUUUUAGUCUUCUAAAAGACCCUUCUAUGUUCAGGUCAGAGGAGUUGUUAGAGCCUCUCUUCCCUACCCUCCAAGGCAGCUGUGGACUGAGCCUAGGAAGCAUUAUGGAAUGACUCUGGGCUUCAAAAAAGAUGGAAAUUGAUCAGGUUGAAUGACUCGGCUUCUUGGGGGAAAGCCCACGGGAUGAGAGCUACUUCACAAACCAAGUCUUUCUCCAGGGCAGCUGCUCAUGCUGUUACCCCUUGAACCACCGUGCCCAGCUCCUGGGCUUUCCUCACAGCCACCAGGUACCAAUGUGCAGGUCUGCAGCCAGCCGGAGCCCCCAGCAGCAGAUCGCCUGGCCCCUCCAUCUGGAGUUUCAGUUGGGUCUGGCUUGAAGAGUAGACAAUUUAUAUACUUUCCCUGAGGCUUGAGCAUCUAUUCCUAGAUGAAAGUGCCCUGAUAACGCAUUCCACAGCCCAGAGGGGCUUCCUGGUAAUAGUCCCAUGACACACACUGUGCCCAUUGCAGGGAUGUCAGGAGGGCAUUGCUCAUUACCCAGAGUCCUGAGAGGACUUUCUGUCUGAUCUCUUUACCAAGAAUAGCUGUCCAUCUGAUCAGCUGCCCCACUUUUGUCCAGAGUGGACAGUAAUCAUCUAACGGCCCAGUCUUCCUGUCUGCACAGCCUGCUAGGUGUCUUUGACCCACAUUCAUAACAAAGCACCUUGAGGUGUGUCACGCCUUAUUGCUAACGCCGGUUUUUUUGUUUUUGUUUUUGUUUUUGGUCCCCAUUUUUGCACUGUAUCCUACUGUUUUUGUUUUGUUUGUGAAAUGAGGUCUUCCUAUGUUGCCCAGGUUGACCUCCAAAUUGCUAUGUAGCCCAGGGUAGUCUCAAAGUUAUACUCCUUAAGCCUCUGCCUUCCAUGUAAUGGGAUUAAAGGCAAAGUGCCAUCACA